AUGGCCGGACGCCAUCUAGCAAAGACUGUAGUGACUGUGUCUCUCUCUGUGACCUUGGCCUCUGUAGCAGUCAGACCCAGCAGCCGCCCCAACAUCCAGGCCAGCGGGAGUCCGUUUUCCUCCGGUGGGUUUCUUCUAAACUUUGUCAUGUCGGGUUCGAACUUUACUGAGGUGAACCCGCACAAAAAGUCCAGGACAUCUCCAUACCCUGGCUCUAAUGUGGAGCGAAGCGAGGUCCCCAAUGAGAAAGUCAGCUGGUUGGUUGAGUGGCGAGAGUAUAGCCCGGUGGAGUACACGGCCCGCUCGGUUUUGGCUGGGCCCAUAUGGGCAGACCCCCAGGUGGGUGAAAGGAGCUUCUCUCCCAAAUUCAACGAAAAGGAUGGGCUUGUAGAGAGAAGGAGCCAGAAUGGCUUAUAUGAAGUUGAAAAUGGUAGACCCAGAAAUCCUGCAGGUCGGACAGGGCUGGCUGGCAGAGGGCUUUUGGGGCGCUGGGGCCCCAAUCAUGCUGCAGAUCCCAUCUUAACGCGGUGGAAAAGGGACGCCAAGGGAAACACAGUUAUCCAUCCUGUUUCUGGGAAAAACGUGCUGCAAUUUGUAGCCAUCAAAAGGAAGGAUUGUGGUGAAUGGGCAAUCCCAGGGGGGAUGGUGGAUCCAGGAGAGAAGAUUAGCACCACGCUGAAGAGAGAAUUUGGUGAGGAAGCCAUGAACUCCUUACAGAAAUCUAGAGCAGAAAGGCAGGAGCUGGAGAAAGACUUGCACAGACUUUUCAGCCAGGAACAUUUUGUGGUCUAUCAAGGCUAUGUGGAUGAUCCUCGGAACACAGAUAAUGCGUGGAUGGAGACAGAGGCUGUGAACUACCAUGAUGAAACAGGGGAAAUAAUGGACCAUCUUCCCCUGAAAGCUGGUGAUGAUGCCAAGGAAGUUAAGUGGGUAGAUGUUAACGAUAAGCUCAAGCUUUAUGCCAGCCACUCCCGAUUUAUCCAACUUGUGGCUGAGAAAAGAGGUGCCCACUGGAGUGAGGAGCUGUGA